GUUGGUUUCAUUUUCGAGACUUCAGGGACAAUUUGAGCGACUUUUUCUUUGGGUAUUUUUGAUUUACGCCGCUAUGUUUUGGUCUGGAUAAAUAAUAUUUCUAUGUAUAUAUUUCACUACUCAAAUACUACUAAUUACUGCAAUACAUUUUAGAGGGAAAUAAAACAAAAGGUGAAGUUGUCACACAUAUAAGAAAGUAUAUGCUGGGUUGUGCCCCCCCAACACCAUCUCAAGGAAAAUAAAGGUUACAGUUACAGGUUAAAGGUUCGCCGAAACUGUUUGACAGAAAUAGCGUUAAGCACUUAAAACCAGCAGAGAAGUUAGCAUUUUAAUUUUCCCCUGAACUCAUGAAGCCAUAUCCGGUCGAUGGCAGCUUUGUAACGAACCGUUGUCCGGAUGUUUUUACUGGUGACACCAGCCGGAGAAAUACGUCAUAUCGUACGUACAUCCGCUCUCGGGAACAGAUUUCUCCACUCACUUCUCUUAUUCGUCCCCUGAAUUCGCUCUCUGGGUUUUGAGCUUAGUCUUCAGCAAACUCAACCCGUGAACAGUCUGAAACGGUGAGUGAACUGCAGCCAUGCGAGUCUUUCUUUUGUUCACCGUGACCGUGCUGUCUCUGAGCCCGAUGGCAGUGAGCGGAGCCGAGAAGAAGAAGCUGCAGAUCGGCAUCAAAAAGCGAGUGGACAACUGCCCCAUCAAGUCGCGAAAAGGAGACGUACUGAACAUGCACUACACGGGCAAACUGGAGGACGGCACCGAGUUUGACAGCAGCAUUCCCCGCGACAGACCCUUCACCUUCACCCUGGGCACUGGCCAGGUGAUCAAAGGCUGGGACCAGGGCCUGCUGGGUAUGUGCGAGGGAGAGAAGAGGAAGCUCGUCAUCCCCUCCGAGCUGGGCUACGGAGACCGGGGAGCACCUCCGAAGAUCCCCGGAGGAGCGACGCUCAUCUUCGAAGUGGAACUGCUCAGCAUCGAGAGGAGAUCCGAUCUUUGAUGAAGACGAGAAGGCAACUUUCAAAACGUUCCAGGAGCUGCUGCAGCAUUAAGUGGAGACAUCUGGCCUCUGAUGACGACUACACAGCAAAUCUGGGAGUAAAGUUGAAACCCGACGGCAGAGCCUUUCACUGGCUUUCAAACUGGCUGUUAUGCUCUGGUGUAUUGA